AUGGGAGUGUCUGCGCUAACGGGGCUGUCCGUAGUUAGUUUGCUCAGUCUGGGCUACCUCUCCUGGGACUGGACAAAGCCUAACCAAGUGGAGAGCGAAGUCGUGCCAGAGCCGGGAGAGCCGGGGAGUCCGUCAUAUCGACCCCCGCAUAUCAUCUUCAUCAUGACUGAUGAUCAGGGCUACAACGAUAUCGGGUAUCAUAGCAAAGACAUCCGAACACCAGUGCUGGACAAGCUCGCGGCGCAGGGCGUGAAGCUCGAGAACUACUACAUCCAACCUACCUGCACACCCUCGCGUAGUCAGUUCAUGACAGGCAGGUACCAGAUCCACACAGGGCUCCAACAUGGGAUUAUCCGGCCCCAGCAGCCCAACUGCCUGCCUCUGGAUCAGGCGACGCUGCCCGAGCGGCUGCAGCAGCUGGGCUACUCCACGCACAUGGUGGGCAAGUGGCACCUCGGUUUUUACAAGCGCGCCUGUCUGCCCACGCGCCGCGGCUUCCACUCCUACUUCGGCUCGCUCACGGGGAGCGUGGACUACUACACCUACUGGGCGUGCGAUGGCCAGGCCGUGUGCGGCUUCGACCUCCACGAGGGGGAGCGUGUGGCGUGGGGCAGAGGUGGGAUGUACUCCACGCAGCUCUACGCUCGGCGCGUGCGGAAGAUCCUGGCGGCGCACGACCCCGCCGAGGCGCCGCUCUUCAUCUACCUCUCGUUCCAGGCCGUGCACACUCCGCUGCAGUCGCCCCGCUCCUACAUCUACCCGUACCAUCGCAUGGGCAACGUGGAGCGCCGCAAGUACGCCGCCAUGGUUACGGCGGUGGAUGAUGCGGUGCGGAACGUGACCGCCGCGCUCCGCAAGUACGGCUACUACGACAACAGCGUGAUAGUCUUCUCCACGGACAACGGAGGCCAGCCGCUGUUUGGCGGGAACAACUGGCCGCUGCGGGGGCGGAAAGGAACCUACUGGGAAGGGGGCGUGCGAGGGUUGGGGUUUGUGCACAGCCCCCUCUUGAGGCGCCCUCGUCGCAUCAGCCACGACCUCUUACACAUCACAGACUGGUACCCCACCCUACUCAGCAUCGCUGGGGGCAACCUGAGCGGCCUCACCACAGGAUUGGACGGCUAUGAUGCCUGGGCAUCCAUCAGCGAGGGCGUGGCAUCGCCACGGCAAGAGAUCCUCCACAACAUCGACCCCCUCCACAGCCCCGCCCCGCACGGCUCCCUGGAGGAAGGCUGGGGAUUGUGGGAUACGUCCGUGCAAGCAGCGGUUCGCGUGGGUGACUGGAAGCUGCUGACGGGAGACCCGGGCUACGGCGACUGGACACCCCCGCAAAUGCUGUCCAGCUUCCCGGGCGGCUGGUGGAGCCUGGAGCGCCACACUGCGCCACGCCGCUCGCUCUGGCUCUUCAACAUGACCGCCGACCCGUACGAGCGGCGAGACCUGUCCGGGCAGCGGCCCGACGUGGUCAGGCUGCUCCUGGCACGCCUGGCCCUCUACAACCGGACCUCCGUGCCCGUGAGGUACCCGCCGCAGGACCCCCGCGCCCAGCCACAGAACAACGGGGGAGCCUGGGGGCCCUGGGCUGCGGAUGACGAGGAGGAGCAGGACUGGGGGAAGUUGUCCCAGCUCAGGAGUAAGGAGAGGAAGGGGAAGUGCAAACAGUGCAGCAUGAAGGCCUUCUUCAAGAAGCUCAACGCCGGCAUCAUGUCCAACAGGAUCUAGACACGGGUGUAUGUAACAUGUUUGCACGGGUCACAUGGGAAAGACUAUUGUCUUUGUAAGGAAAACAGAAAGCAGUGUUUGUGUCGAUGUGUGGAAAUGUGUGUGUGUAUGAGAUUGAACUGGUCUGUCUGUCAGUGCUUGUGCAAAGUAGGAGUGUGUGUGUGUGUGUACAGUAUGUGUGUGUGUGUGUGUGUGUGUGUUAAUGUGUGCACAUCUGUUGGGUAGGAGGAGUUAUGUUACACACAGAACCAGCAAUAAAUUGACUUCAACCAGAGACUAGUGAACAUUUCACUUCAUCUGUGGAUUUAAUUAGUCCCAGGCCUUUACUUACAGGCCAUUUCUAAAAUCUUAGUCUACCUGCUGUCCACACGACUGUUAUGAUAUAGUUUUUAUUAUAGAAUAAACUGUUCAUUAUUAUUUGGUAAAUGUUGCAUUUGUGGAUAGGAGAAUGAAUGGACUUCUGAGUGGAUGAGUUAAGAAAUACACAGAUGUUUAA